GGUCGACGUUAGCUGCAGUGUGUGUGUGAGAGAGAGAGAGCGAGAGAGAGACAGAGAGAGAGAGAGAGAAAACGCGCUCAACGCACUAGUUUGUUGAGGUGUAUCCUGCGCGUGUGAUUUCGCCAAGGCGGAUUAAUUCGUAUUGUGUGUGCUACGGCUGCUUCUUGUCACUCAUUCUCUGAGCAGCCUCCGAGCGUACCCCGAGAGCGGCUAAGGAGCAUUUCUUAAAAAUAUAUAAUAUAUAUAUUGAGAAAAACCGAAGAAAAGACUCAGCUACCAAAAGCACUCACAGAAUUCUUCGAGGAACAUACCUUUGUAAGAGAUUGCAAUGCUUCAAACCAGGGAUCUCGUCUGGGCAUUGCUUUUCGUUGGCACUGCAGCUGCCCUGCAGGUGACCAUCACACCAGCCCUAGGGGAGAUGAGCGUGGGGGAGUCCAAGUUCUUUCUGUGUGAAGUCGUUGGCGAGGCUACGGACAUUGAUUGGUUCUUCCCGAGUGGGGAGAAAAUUUUGCCCAACCAACAGGAAGUGAUCGUCACCCGCAACGACGAGGCGUCCUCCACUCUCACCAUCUACAACGCCAACGUGGACAAAGCCGGGACCUACAAGUGUGUGGCCAAGAGCGGGGACAAGGAAUCCCAGGCCACAGUCAACGUCAAAAUCUAUCAAAAAAUCACCUUCACAAACGCGCCCUCCCGCCAGGAGUUCACGGAGGGAGACGACGCCGACAUCGUGUGCGACGUCGUCAGCUCUCCCCCUCCCACCAUCGUCUGGAAGUACAAGCGUCAGAGAGUCGAUUUCGCCAAAGACGUUCGCUACCAGGCCCUGAGCAACAACCACCUGCAGAUCCGCGGCAUCAAGAAGACGGACGAGGGGGAGUACACCUGCGAGGGCCGCAUCAUGUCCCGCGGCGAGAUCGACUUCACCGUCAUCAAGGUCACCGUCAACGUGCGCCCCAGCCUCAGGCCCAGACAGACGGAGCUGAACGCCACCGCGGACGUCGGCCAAUCGGUGAUGCUGGCCUGCGACGCCGACGGGUUCCCGGAACCCAAUGUGACCUGGGCACGCAAUAACGUCGUCCUUGAAACGGACGAUAAGUACAGCCUGAAUGAAGAUGGCUCCGAGCUGAUAAUAAAAGAUGUGAAGAAAGUGGAUGAAGGAGACUACACAUGCAUCGCCAAGAACAAGGCAGGGGAGACCGAGAAAGAGAUCAGCCUGAACGUUUUCGUUCAACCCAAAAUCACCUUCCUGGAGAACCAGACGGCGUCGGAGCUGGAGGAGCAGAUCACGCUGACGUGCGAGGCGACAGGCGACCCCACCCCCAGCAUCGUGUGGAGCUACGGCCGCCACCAGUUCUCCGAGGGGGAGCAGGCUUCUUGGACUCGCCCAGAGAAACACAAGAGCCUGGACGGGAACGUGGUGGUGCGGAGCGACGCCCGCGUGUCCUCCCUCACGCUGAAGUACGUGCAGUUCACCGACGCCGGCCAGUACCUGUGCACCGCCCGCAACUCCAUCGGCCUGGACACGCAGGCCAUGUACCUGGAAGUGCGCUACGCGCCCAAGAUCCAGGGCGCGGUGGCGGUGUACACCUGGGAGGGCAACCCGGCCAACAUCAGCUGCGAGGUCCUGGCCCACCCGGGCGCCAGCGUGGUCUGGUUCCGCGACGGCCAGCAGCUGCCCAGCGCCAACGCCAGCAACGUCAAGAUCCUCAGCACCCCCACCGUCAGCUACCUGGAGGUCACUCCGGAAUCGCAGGCUGACUUUGGGAGCUACAACUGCACCGCCACCAACAUGAUCGGCAUGGAGUCCAAGGAGUUCCUCCUGAUUCAAGCAGAUGUCCCCUCGGCCCCGUCCAUCGAGCGCGUGGAGCCCUACUCCAGCACGGCGGUGGUGGGGUUCGAGGAGCCCGAUGCCAGCGGCGGGGUGCCCAUCCUCAAGUACAAGGUCCAGUGGCGCGUGUCCCAGGAGGAGCAGUGGACAGCCAGGGAGUUCGAGGUGGAGGAGGGUAUGCAGGUGAUCUUCGUCUCCGGCCUGCGGCCCGAGACCAGCUACGUGAUGAAGAUGUCCGCCAUCAACGGCAAGGGCGAGGGGGACAGCAGCGCCCCCGAGUCCUUCAAGACCGAGCCAGUCCUUCCCCCCGCGACAUCCGCCCCCAGCCCUCCGGGCAGUACGCCCCUUAGGGAGCCCAACCCCCCUAAGCUGGAGGCUAAGCUGCAGUCCAACGGUAACGUUCUCAAGGUCAACUGGAUCAAGCAGGACGAUGGGGGCUCUCCCAUCAAGCACUACCUGGUCAGAUACAAGGCUAAGCACAUGAGCGACUGGAAGCAGGAGCUCCGCCUGCCCAGCGGCAGCGAGCACGUGGUGCUGAGCGGCCUGGACUGGGACACCGAGUACGAGGUGCUCGUGCAGGCCGAGAACCAGCAGGGCAAGUCCACGCCUGGCUCCAUCUUCAUCAAGACCUCUCCGGAACCCACCACCAUUCCAGACGCCGUCACCAACGGUUCCGGGCUGGGGACGGGAGCCAUCGUGGGCAUCCUCAUCGUCGUCUUCGUGCUGCUGCUGGUGGCCGUCGACGUCACCUGCUACUUCCUGAACAAGUGCGGCCUGCUCAUGUGCAUCGCCGUCAACGUCUGCGGCAAGUCGGGUCCCGGGGCCAAGGGCAAGGACAUGGAGGAGGGGAAGGCUGCCUUCACGAAGGACGAGUCCAAGGAGCCGAUUGUGGAGGUGAGGACAGAGGAGGAGCGCACCCCAAACCAUGAGGGUGGGGGACAGACAGAGCCCAACGAGACCACCCCACUGACGGAGCCUGAGCACACGGCUGACACCACUGCCACAGUGGUGGACUUGCUCCCUUCUGUCGUCACUAACUCUGACAAUGUCACCGAGUCCUUCUCCACUGCCCAGAACAGCCCCGCCAGUGAAGCCACCACCCUCACCUCCAGCACGGCCGCCCCGGCCUCAGACCCCAAAAGCGCCCCCGCCCUGCAGUCCAGCACCCCCAAAGCGGGCGCCACCUCCCCUCCCGUCACCGCCGCCCCCUCCGAAUCCACCCCCACGGUGGCGCCCCUGGUCGACCUGAGCGACAGCCCCGCCCCUGCCCCAGUCCCCGCCCCCACAGCCACCAGUACCAAGGAAGCUGCUAAAGCUCCCAGCAACCCCACCCCGAUCGUGCCCGACACCAAGGCCACGCCCGCCCCUGCCCCCGCCCCCGAGCCACCCAAAGCCGAGGCGACCAAGGAGGCGCCGCAGACCAACACGUCGGCCCCGGCCCCGCCCGAGCCCACCAAAGCCCCCAACAGUGCGUCCAAGUCCUCCCAGAACCAGGACUUUCAGAUAGACGGAGGACCCUUCCAGAGCUCAGACACUGAUCUGGCUAAGGAUGUUUUUGAGGCCCUGGGCAAGCAGCCCUCUGAGACCCCCACAGGCUCCACCGCCCAGCCCACACCCGCGUCCGGCCAAGACGAGAAGAACGCCGUGGACGGCAAGAGCAAACCGGAGGAGGCCGAGGCCAAGAAGCCGGCGGCGGAGGUGAAGACGGUGCCCAACGAAGCCGCCCAGACAAACGGCAACGAGAGCAAAGCGUGAUCCUGCGGGCGCGGAGGCAACGGCAGCCAGUCUCACACCGACCCGCAGAGCGUCACACCGCAACACCCAAACCAACGGGGGAAAAAAUCUCACCUUCACUAAAAGUUUCCUUCUUCAGUGUCUUUUUUUUUGUGGGGGGGUGGGGGGGGGAGUUUUCAGAUCAGGAAAUAAGUCUAGAUUUGUAGAUGAAAAACGAUCUUAUGCACAGUCUUUUUAUCAUUUGUUUUCAACAUUCGAGGGGGAAAAAAAGAUGCUUACUUUUUUUUUUUUUUUUUUUUAAUAUGUUUUUGUUUUCUGAAGUGGUUGGAGGGAACCAAAAGCGAGCUUUCAUCAGCGCUGUCCAUGGGAGUCCUCAGUUAAGCAAAAUCUUGAGUUAUGAAACGAUAAAGCGAUAAUUAAGAAAACCAAUAUCAGUUUGAGUAGAAAAACCAUGGAGAAUUUAGCUUUAUUCAAGAACAAUGCCUUUAUGUUGUGCACACACGGUUUGUGACAUUACUCAACCCACAUUAUUCCCGAUUAUGUUGUUUAUUAUAAUGCAGUAUUGUCAUUUUCUUGUUACUGCUAAUAGGGUCUGGGUACGUUUUAAUGUUUUCUUGUUAAAAGAUUAUGUGCAAAAAUAACUGCCUUUUAUGUUAUCUAUUUUUUUAUUUGUUUUGAUUUUGAUGGCUAGCUAUAGCGUAGAGCGUUAGCAUGCUUGCUUUGCAAAAGGAUUUUUCCACGUUUUGUUUUGUUUGCUUUUUUGUUUUUUGUUUUUUUUUCAGAUUUUUACACUGUUUUACCAUUAUUUCCAUUUUAUGAACACAGCGUGCUUGUAUGUAAAACAUCACAACGACAACAAAAAAAAUGAAGAGAACAGAAAGAAUUUGUCCAAUACAAUGAAAGGAAGUCAAGGUUGACAGUUAGGGGUGCAAACAGCUUAAAGCCACUUUGAAAAAUUCAUAUUAUUUUAUUUUCACUUUGACAAAAAAAGAACACCACACGCCUUUCCAUUCUGUCUUUGUCACUCUCCAAUUCAUUCUGCUUUAACCUACUCCUCAAAAAUGCACUUGAAGUGGAGGGUCUGGUUAACAAUGAGAAUUUGACCUUUGACACCCCCCCCCCCCCCCACAACAGUAAAUAUAAUGGAAGGAGCUCUGGGCAACAGGUCCAUUGGUUGACAGAUGAAGGUGGACAACUGCCGUAGCUCUGCCCACAACUCCACUGCAGCCAAUCACAUUACGGCUUACUCAGAAUGAUGUCAUCAAAGAUCAGGCUUUAAAGGUUACAAUGGCUGGGAAAUACAAAAUGACCCCUCUUUAUGUACAAUGUGUUGACAUUUUCCCACAUUGUUUUAAACCAUUAUGAAUGUUGCAUUCAUCAGUCAUUUUAUAGCAAUUUUAUCCCAUCUCAAAAGACAGAUUUAAAAAGAAGAGUUUGAAGAUUUCUAUGUUUUGAUGAUUAGUCUCUUUUUAUGCAUACAGACAAAAAUGAUGCCUGGAAGAAUACAUUAUUUAAGCCAUAGUGCUCUGAUGUGAAUUUGGGAAUUCAAAACUAUUCAAUCAGAUCUUUUUGUACAGUGUGUUUCUCAUUCUUUAGACAGCAAGCUUGUGCACUGUGAAUGCGUGAAUAUCCUCAUGUGAAUAAAAUGUGUUCUUUGUCAUAGAAUUAAAAAAAAAUCAUAGUUUGGUUGUGAAAGGUUUAGCAAAUAGUUCAGACAAAAAUGUUCAAUGGAAAACAACCACUGCAUCAAACAGACAAAAAAAAUCACCACCAUAGGGGAACGGUGCCUUCAGAGAAAAAAAAGAAGAAAAAAAAAAAAAAGAAGUUCCUGUUCUGGCAUGCGUUCCAUGUUUUUCAGUGUCUGCCUGUACCACAGAGAGGAAGUGCUGGCAAGGGGGUGAUCUGUGACCUAGCGCCCUGAGGGACCUGGGGUUGGCCCACAGCCCUGGGAAGACCAAGACCGACCGAGGGGCCGGUCGCCAGUGUGUGAGUUCAAACUGUGAAAAAAAAAAACCAUAAAAAAAGAUACAAAUUCUAAUUACUGGUCUUUUCAUAUUGAUCAAUGUUUUUUCUCAAUAUACGAGGCUCUGGGGAUGAAAAUGGAGGUUUUAGACAGCUGUCCACGACCAGUACGGUUCGGUAUGGCGAGUUGGGGUUGGGGUGGGAGGAGGGAGGAACACAGGCGCUGAUUGAUUGUAUCUCACACCUUCUCUCGUUAGCAGUUUAGCUAAGGGGCCAGGAGUACUUAACCGCUUCAUUUCUAGUUCUAAGCUCUCAAAAGACUGAAGGAACAAACUCAGACACGCACCGGGAAAGUCAAACCGCAAAUGCUCUGUGUUUCAUCAAAACCCUGGCAGUGCAACCUCCCAACUACUGAAACUGCCCAAAUUGUAUAACAUCUAGAUGAGAGGACACAAAUGAUGCUUUUUGUUGUUGUUAUUAUUAUUAUUAUUAUUUGAAUGAGCAUGCAAAUGUACUCAUAACAGAAUCCUGGAAUUGGUUCAUUCAGUUGGUGUAGAGGUGCGGAUUUAUUUGUUGUCCUUGAAAACUGUCUUGGAGAAAGGUUUGUUGUACAUUGAUCUUUUAAAUGUCCUGUAUACUUGUCUCAAUUUUUUUUUUUUAAUUUUCACGAUAUACAUCAAGUGCAUUUAAUCAGCAAGGGUACAUAAUAAACUAAGAAAUGGGGAAGCAGGACACUUGUUGCUGAAAUGAUCGCAAACCAUUCCUAGUGAUGUAAAGAAUUAACACUGACGACUGUGUUUUUCUUGUCCUUAAAAAAAAUAUUUGAAAAAAAAAAAAAACUGGAGAUUGCUGUGGCUUUUGAUUCUUGUUUCAACUGCCAUUUAACGUGGGACCAAGUUCUUUGUGAGUUUACAUUGAAACCUGUGUAUCGUGCCAUGAAUAUGAUUUGUAUGGAGGAAGUCAGUCAUGUCACAUGUUUUAGAAAGGUGAAACCAUUUCUGAUUGUAAGCCAAAAAAAGUUAAAAAUAAAAUAAGAGUUCCUGUUAAGAAAUUGUUGUUAAGAAAUGUUUUUUUUUUUUCCGUAUGGGAGGAGGGGCCUUGUCCCUCUUAAAAAAAGGCGUGUCACAUUCCCCAGAGACCUCCAUUGUCCUUCCUA